GCUGUGCGCAUGCGCAGUCCUCGUCGAGAAGUGCGUUAUUUUGAAGAAGUUUAGUUUCUGCGCGUGUGGUCCUUUAGAAUAUGUGAGCAGCUUCACAGCACUCACACAUGCAUUAUCGCAGAGUGAAGAUGGAUGAGGAGGGCUUUGAGGUCCCACGGAGGACGGAGUACCGCUACCUGGUGCAGGACGAGGAGGAGGAGGAAGUGCAGUACGUCCAGCGCAGACACUACAUCAGCCCCUUCCUGGUACUGUCCAAGCGCUGCAUCUUCCUCAUCUGCCUGGGCGUGCUCGCCCUGCUGGCUCUCGCCGUCUACCUGGGCUACAUGGCGCAAACUCUACCACCGGGGCUGGCCCGGGUUCUGACCCACUGCGGAGAAUUCCGAGGAAGACACAAAAGCGGGGCGUACUCCUUCAAGGGUAUCCCGUACGCCGCUCCCCCCGUGGGCGCCCUGCGCUGGGCUCCUCCGGCUGACCCGGUGUGCCGCAGCGGGGUGAUGGAAGCCGGCCGCUUCCGCAGCGUCUGCCCUCAGGUGAUGCCCAUGUCCAGUGAGGGGAAGGUGACGGGCCAGGAGGACUGCCUCUUCAUCAACGUGUGGACCCCCACGCUGCGGCCCGACGCCCAGCUGCCCGUCAUGGUCUGGAUCCAUGGAGGGUACCUGCAGGUGCUGAGCGGGGGCGAGCAGGGAUACUCGCCCACGGAGGAGCUGGCUGCCGAGACGGGAAUCGUCUACGUCAGCUUCAACUACAGACUCAACGCCUUCGGCUUCAUGGCUCUGGAGCUGCUGAGAGAAGGUUCUCCAAGGAACACCUCAGGGAACUACGGCUUUCUGGAUCAGAUUUCUGCUCUGAAGUGGGUCCAGAGGAACAUCCGUGCCUUUGGAGGAGAUCCUGGAAAAGUCACCAUAUUUGGACAGAGCUCGGGCGGGACGUCCGUCUGGACCCUGAUGAUGUCCCCGCUGGCCAAAGGCCUCUUCCACGCCGCUGUGGACUUGAGCGGCUCGUACGUCUACAACGCCAGCCUGAAACAAGCCGAGGUGGACAACCUGGGGUUCCUGAAGAAGACGGGCUGUGCGGACGCGGCCUGCCUGCGGGCCCUCAGCGUCAAACAGGUCCUGCAGGCCAUCCCCUGGCAGGAGUACCCGUCCUGGGCUGCACAGGAGGCCACAGACCUCCCCACCAAGGGGCAGCUGUUUGGCCCUGUAGCGGUGGUGGACGGAUAUGUGCUGGAAGCUCCGCCCUUUGAGGUGUGGGAGAGGAGGAGUGGCUACAAUGACGUCCCAUUUGUGGUGGGGACAAUGGAGCAGGAGGCUGACUUCAGCCCCCCAGCAGAAAACAUCUCCACGUGGACCUGGGGGGAUUACCACUGGUUUGUGACAGAGAAGCUUCAGUCCUUCAGUCCGGAUCUUCCUAAAAAGGCUCUGGAACUGUACCCGCCCACGGCCCCCUGCCCCACCCGGGACCGUUGCCCCGAGAGGGCGUACACCACCAUGGUGUCAGACAUCAGGGUCACCUGUCCCAAUAAUGACCUGGCCUGGAGAGCAGCAGCUGCCCUCAGCAGUCCCGUGUACCGCUAUGUGGUGACCUACACGCCGUCUGGACCCGUGAAUGUGUCCAGUAGCCUGGUGCCGUACCCCAGCCGCUUUGCCUUCCACUGCCUGGACGUGGUGGCGUUCUUUGGGGGACUGGAGGACCUUCUGGGGAAGCCUCUGUCGGAUAAGGACCGGAGCUUCCAGGAUCUCCUCAGACGUCACUUCAUCAGCUUCAUUAAAACGGGGAGGAUGGCGCCGGACUGGUCAGAUUACCCAGAAUCCACCGCCCUGCUGUCUUCCAGCCUGGACCUGGUCCAGAACUACUCGCAGGCCCGCUGUGACCUGUGGAGGAGGAGUGGCCUGUUCGAGUACGCCUGGAUGAACUGAACAGUCCUUCGCUGCCCGUCGGCGCCGGUUCAGGGCAGGAGGAGCUCGCACACAGAACCAAAUCAGAGGAGGCUUUUUGUGAUGGCUGUCCAGGUUAAAGCUAAGAGCUGUGGUGUAAUUAUCUGUGAGUGAGUUUGAAGUGUGAAGAAAAUGACAGGAAGUUCAGCCUCAGUGCCUUUAGAAUAUUUGUCUGACUUCUGAAGAGUCUUCAGGUGAAAAGUCACUUUGGCUUCUUUCAUAAUUCAUGGGGAGCUGAAACAAACUGAAGAAGAAAGAAGAUGACCAAUUUUUUACUUUAUUGUUGAAGUUCAGGUAUGAGGACCAAAUGAUGACUGUGUUUGUGUUUUGUUGUUAUUAUGGGAUGUCCCCUGCACUGUUUUCUUGUAACAAACGUGGGUGCUGCAUGUCUGCACGUUUCCUGCUCCACUAGCGUUCCUGCACCUACAAACCUGUGUGUUUGAGUCCAUCCUAAAAGUGCCACUCAUCUUUAAACCACUCAGAGAAGCUUUGCUUUGUUGCUAUUUUUGUUGACAUGCUUCACGUCAAAAUAAACAUUUGUUGUUAACAUAAAAA